AUGAGCAACCAUUACCUGGCAAAGACCAUGUUUCAUAAUAUCUCACAGACGUACAAAAAGGAGAAGCAUUCCUAUGUUGAGGACUUUCGAGGUGGGGACUGUGUGGAGAAGGAGUAUCCUAACAGGGGUAACACCUGCCUAGAGAAUGGAUCUUUCUUGCUGAACUUUACAGGCUGUGCAGUGUGUGGUAGGGAUUUUAUGCUGAUCACGAACAAAUCCUCAAAAGAAGAAGAUGAAGAAGAAAUAGUGACCUGUGAUCGAGUAUACCAUGCUGUGUCUGUUAUGUGGCAAAGCAGAAGAUUCCAUCAGUAUUUUCCCUGA